AUUAAAGAUGAUGCCACCAUAUUGGAUAGCGAUUACGACUGUAUUGGAGCCCUUGUGGAUGAGUCAUCAAUACAACGAAUGGAUCUGCAAUAUGAUGCCUUUGUUGGACGUCUAUCUCAAUUCCAGCUUAAUGGCUUAGAUAUACUCAAGAUAAUCAGUGAAGUUGCAAACUACCGAACAAAAGAGCAUACAUUUUCAGCCUACGAUCCCGGUCUGGUCACCUUGCUGGAUACGUGGAAGGAUGACAUAGAAGUUACUGCUAUUAGCUCCAAGGAAGACAAAAUUCGCGCUUUUCCCUUGCAAUUUCAAGGCGGUUCUUCGCUCAUGGAGUUUUCUCUUACAACUGCCAUUUGUGUAAACGUCAAAUUUUCUCUGAAAACAUCAUCGAACAAAGGUGUCAUUCUGGCCUUCACUAAUUCUAAAGUAGACUAUGUCGGCCUUGAAAUGUUGGCUGCCCACUUGCAUGUAAGCUACCGACACGCCAAAAUUCGCGGUCAAUCGGCAUUUGAGAAGACACCGGCUCUCAAUGACACUCAAUGGCAUGAUAUCAGGAUCCAUCUAUGUGCUGACGAAAUAUUUAAGUUAGAAUUGGAGGUGGACGGUAAAAAAUAUAUUCCAACUGGACUAACUGAAGGUCAAGAAACGUUUUCUACGCACACAUUUGAUCGGCUCUACUUGGGAGGAAUUCCCUUGGAUGCUGGUGACCUUCGAAAACACUUUCGCUCGUCUUCCGGAUAUGAUGGUUGUCUUGCCGAUAUUGAUCUUAUCUACGGAUCAUCAAUGGCGUUGCCGUCUACUGCCUCAUCUGAAUACUGA